GGUGCCGAGCAUCCCUGGGCAUCAGCCUUCGUCUUUCCCAGCAACCGGUAACAUGGUCCACAAGCUUUUCUUCCUGGCCGCCCUUGUGGCAGUCGCGUUAGCUGACAACCGCCCCACCUACAACCCUCCACCUCCCACCUACAACCCUCCACCUCCCACCUACAACGCUCCCGCUCCUUCCUACAACGCUCCUGAGCCUGUGGGUCCUGCUCAGUACAACUUCAACUGGGCAGUUAAGGACGACUACUCAGGCAACGACUUCGGCCACGAUGAAACUCGUGAUGGUUACGACACUCAGGGAUCUUAUUAUGUUCAGCUUCCCGACGGUCGUCUGCAGAGGGUUACCUACACUGUGAACGGCGACUCCGGCUACUUGGCUCAGGUCGAAUACCAGGGUGAAGCCCAGUACCCAGCCCAACAGCCCGCUCCCAGUUACCAGCCCGCUCCUAGCUACCAGCCAGCCCCUGGGCCCAGCUACGCUUAAAUUUAAUCACAGACUGAUACUCGACGCUUUAAGUUUAAGAAAUGGAAUUAUUUGCAUAUUUUAUUAUAAAAUAAAGAAUACAAAGCAAA